GCUGGCCCCACACCUCAGGGACGCCCGCCCGGGUCUCGCUCGCACGCCACGGCCUGCGGCGACGUUAAAGGCGGCUCUCUGGGCUCGACAGACCCACUUUUUCGGCGGCCGCCGCAGGGCGCGCGGCCUGCUCGGAGGCGCUUGUUCUUUCGCCUCGCCCCACCCUCCUCCUCCCCCUCCUUCUCCCCUUCACGGAAACGACAGCUGCGGCGGCGGGGUUGGCGCCGCCUCCCUCCACCUACCACGUCUGCCCCCGCCGCGCUCUCCCGGAGUCCCAGCCCUGUCGCGGCGCCUCCGCCUCCCCGCUAGGUCCGCCGGCGGCUCAGCCCGGCUGCCGCCCAGAAUGAACAUCAUGGACUUCAAUGUGAAGAAGCUGGCGGCCGACGCGGGCACCUUCCUCAGUCGUGCUGUGCAGUUCACAGAAGAAAAGCUUGGCCAGGCAGAGAAGACAGAAUUGGAUGCUCACUUAGAGAACCUCCUUAGCAAAGCUGAAUGUACCAAAAUAUGGACAGAAAAAAUAAUGAAACAAACUGAAGUAUUAUUGCAGCCAAAUCCAAAUGCCAGGAUAGAAGAAUUUGUUUAUGAAAAACUGGAUAGAAAAGCCCCAAGUCGUAUAAACAACCCAGAACUUUUGGGACAAUAUAUGAUUGAUGCAGGGACCGAGUUUGGCCCAGGAACAGCUUAUGGUAAUGCUCUUAUUAAAUGUGGAGAAACACAAAAACGAAUUGGAACAGCUGACAGAGAACUGAUUCAAACAUCAGCCUUAAAUUUUCUCACUCCUUUAAGAAACUUUAUAGAAGGAGAUUACAAAACAAUUGCUAAAGAAAGGAAACUAUUACAAAAUAAGAGACUGGAUUUGGAUGCUGCAAAAACCAGACUAAAAAAGGCAAAAGCUGCAGAAACCAGAAGUUCACAACUAAACUCAGCUCGCCUUGAAGGAGAUAAUAUUAUGGUAAAUUUCUCUUACAUGCUCAACUUCCUGCAUGUAAAAUGGCUGAAGAUUUGGGCAGAGGAAGUGACAAAAUCUGAACAGGAAUUAAGAAUAACUCAAAGUGAAUUUGAUCGUCAAGCAGAGAUUACCAGACUUUUGCUAGAGGGAAUCAGCAGUACACAUGCCCAUCACCUCCGCUGUCUGAAUGACUUUGUAGAAGCCCAGAUGACUUACUAUGCACAGUGUUACCAGUACAUGUUAGACCUCCAGAAACAACUGGGAAGUUUUCCAUCCAGUUAUCUUUCUAACAACAAUCAGACUUCUGGGACACCUAUGCCACCUUCUUUAGCAAAUGCAGUUGGUUCUUCUGCUGUGGCUUCAACAAGUAGCCUAGUAAUCACCUCUCCGUCCAGCCUCAGUGACCUUAAGGAGUCAAGUGGCAGCAGGAAGGCUAGAGUUCUCUAUGAUUAUGAUGCUGCAAACAGUACUGAAUUAUCACUUUUGGCAGAUGAGGUGAUCACUGUGUUCAGUGUCGUUGGAAUGGAUUCAGACUGGCUAAUGGGGGAAAGGGGAAAUCAGAAGGGCAAGGUGCCAAUUACUUACUUAGAACUGCUCAAUUAAAUAGGUGGACCUAUGGAAAAAUUACUCACCAUGACACCCUAUUUAUAUAUAAUUAACUCUAAGCAGAGCAGUUUUAAGUAUCUUUCAUUUUAAUGUCUUAAGAGACUGAAAAAAAAAUUACAAGUCAUCAGAAACUGGCUUUUCUGCCAAUAAAGUUGCAUGGUAAAUAUUUCAUUACAGAAUUUAUGUUAGAGCUUUCAUGCCAAGAAUGUUUUCUUACAAAAUUCUCUUUCUACUGAGAUUUCACUAACAUCUUCUACACUUGAACCCCAACUUAAAAUAGAACUGUUUUCUACUGAAUUUUUCAUUAACAGCAAGCUUUUUCUUUUAUGUAAAAUAAAUUUAUUGCAAAUUGA